AUGUCUUGUCUCCGCUUCAACGUGCUGCUGUGCGAUCCUCUGGCGCUUCCCGGUUCUUUCAACGUGUCUGUUCCCACAUACCUUUCCUGUUACUUUACUGGACCAGUUCUAACGUUGAGACGUCUACGAUUCCCUGUGCAAGCGUCAAAUGUUUUUCCAAUCUCUGUCCGGGCGCUGCCCGGACACGGUCUGUGUGCAGGAGCGGGAGCCAGACGGGCGCGCGCGAGUGCGUGCGCCUACCGCUCUGCCUACAGCCCCCGCCGGCGCGCCCGCACCGCCAGGGGCUCCCAGCCUAGCACCAUGCCGGACGCCUGCCUGGGACCCGCGAGCAGCCCGCCCACGAACACACUGCGCCCGGCUCGCGCGCCGCGUCGCGCCGUCUCCUCCUCCUCCGCCGCGACCCACGCAAAAAAAGACCCUCUCAAACCCCCAAAAAGUUUCAGCACUCCGGAAAAAAGCGAGCACCAGAAACCCACACCCACGCCCACACACCAAGGCCACUCACACCACGUGACAGAGCAGUCACACGUCCGGCGUCCCCGUCCUGACCACGUGAUCUUACGUAUUGUUCUCUGUGCUUCUCUCGCAGCCCGCUCGCACAUGCCAGUGCGUAUACGGGCUACGGGUCCUACAGAGCGCGGUCGUUCCUGGGCGCGACAAGAAGGCGAAGGAAUAAGGCCACCGUUUGAUAUUCACGCGUCUGGUCGUGCUGGCAGCGCCUCGUCUCUCAAGCGAGCGAUUGUUGACUCCAAUUCUGUUGGCCUUCUCCAAAGACUCACUAGUGUUGAAGGCAGGCAGGACCCAAAAGCGUUGCAUUAG